UGGUCCCAAAAACAAUUCGAAGAAAAUCUAUCAAAAGAAGAGCAAGGUCUGUGCGUGUUUGGUUUUUGGAAGAGAUGUCAGGGAAAGGCGCAAAGGGAUUGUUGACAAGCAAAACUCCAGUUCAGUCUAAAGAGAAAGACAAGAAGAAACCCACUUCUCGCUCUUCUCGUGCUGGUCUUCAGUUUCCUGUUGGGCGUAUCCACCGCCUUCUGAAAUCUAGAGCAACAGCCCAUGGAAGAGUGGGAGCAACAGCAGCCGUGUACUCUGCUGCUAUCUUGGAGUACCUGACUGCAGAAGUGUUAGAGCUGGCAGGAAAUGCAAGCAAGGAUCUGAAGGUAAAACGUAUUACACCUAGGCAUUUACAGUUAGCAAUCCGUGGUGAUGAAGAGCUAGACACCCUUAUAAAAGGAACCAUAGCUGGUGGUGGUGUGAUCCCUCACAUCCACAAGUCGCUAAUCAACAAAUCCUCCAAGGAAUAAUGUUAUUUCAGUCCUUUGCAUUAUUAAGAACACAUAGGAUGGAUUGCUGUGUAAUUGAACAAUGCAUUGCUUCGUUUGUGACAGCUUGCAAAUUUGGAUUUUUAGUUUGAAAAGG